CGCCGCGCUCGGGGCGGAGCGGCGGGGGCAGCGCGGCGUGUCCCGUCCAGGAGCCCGGGAAAGGCACCGAGGAUGAAACUGCUGUGGAGAGCCAAAAUGACCACAUUUCAGGAUGGGGGUGAAGAGGUAGAAGAGGGAGCCGUCUACAAUGUCACCCUUAAAAAAGUGCAGAUUCAGCAGGCUGCCAACAAAGGAGCAAGGUGGCUGGGGGGUGAAGGAGACCAGUUACCUCCAGAGCAUACUGUCAGACAAUAUGAAACAUCCAAGAUCAGGGCUAUAAAAGCUGGAACUUUGGAGAAACUGGUGGAGAACCUUCUCACAGCUUUUGGGGAUGCAGAUUUUUCCUACAUCAGCAUCUUCCUCUCAACAUACAGGGCCUUUGCUUCUACCAAGGCAGUGCUGGAACUUCUCCUGGACAGGUUUGGAAACCUGGAAACCUCGAGCCAUGGAGAAGUGGCAAACCUGAAUUCCUUCGAAUCCGAGGUCGCACUCAGGGCAGAAAUAGCAAAGCUGUUUUGA